GUCAGUCUGGCCAGCAUGUAGCGUCAGAGGGACUCAUUUAAUGAGCAAAAGGACUCAAUAGGAAGCAGAGAGAAAAGAUUAAUGUGGGUCGUGUAAGAAACAACAACCACAGUCCCAGCUUUGAAUUCUUUCUUCCAGACUUUCUUUGCGCGCAGUGAAGAGAUGGGAGCAGUGCGCCCGGAGCGGAGCGCUCUGCCGCGGCUUUGUCUCCUUCUCCUCCCGAUCCUCAUCCUUGGUUUCUCCGUGUCCCCAUCCGCGGCCUGGGACCUGGUUCUCCUGCACACCAACGACGUGCACGCUCGAGUAGAAGAGACCAGCGAGGUCUCUGGGAAAUGCGGCGGCAGCAGCAGCGAGUGUUUCGCCGGCGUGGCCCGCAGAGCGACGGAGAUCAAGCGGAUCCGCGGCACCGAGAGCAACGUGCUGCUGCUGGACGCCGGGGACCAGUUCCAGGGGACCGUGUGGUUCAACUACUACAAGGGAGCCGAGGCGGCACACUUCAUGAACAAACUGCGUUAUGACGCCAUGGUUUUUGGAAACCACGAGUUUGACAACGGAGUGGAGGGACUCAUGAAGCCGUUCCUGCAGCAGAUCCGGUGUCCUGUCCUCAGCGCCAACAUCAAACCAGACCAAACUCUGGCCUCGACGUUCGGCACCUCUUUUUUACCUUAUAAGAUCCUCACGGUGGGCGGCGAGAGGGUCGGCGUGGUGGGUUACACAUCCCAGGAAACGCCUGCUCUGUCCAAACCCGGACCACACCUGCACUUUGAGAACGAGGUGACGGCCCUGCAGCAUCAUGUGGACAAACUGCAGACGCUGGGGGUGAAUAAGAUCAUCGCUCUGGGUCACUCAGGCUUCACCAUGGACCAGGAGAUUGCCAAGAAGGUCCGCGGAGUCGACGUGGUCAUCGGUGGACACAGCAACACGUUCCUCUAUACAGGAACCCCUCCUUCGUCUGAAGUCCCUGCAGGGCACUAUCCGUUCAUGGUGAACUCAGACGACGGGCGGAAGGUUCCUGUCGUGCAGGCCUACGCCUUUGGAAAAUAUCUGGGUUAUCUUAAAGUGACCUUUGACAAUGCUGGGAAUGUGCAGAAGUCCACGGGAAACCCCAUUCUGCUGGACGGGACCAUCCCACAGGAUCCGGACGUUCUUGCCGACGUGGAAGAAUGGAAAAAGAAUCUGUCCAACUUCUCGUCUCAGACGGUGGGGAAGACCCUGGUCUUCCUGAACGGGACCACGGAGGAGUGUCGCUUUCGGGAGUGCAACCUGGGAAACCUGAUCUGUGACGCCAUGAUCGACAACAACAUCAGGUCUGCAGACUCUCUGCGAUGGAACCACGUCAGCGCCUGCAUGUUCAACGGAGGGGGGGUCCGCACAUCUGUGGACGAACGCACCAGAAAUGGCUUGAUCACCAUGGAGGACCUGAUCUCCGUCUUACCUUUCGGGGGAACCUUCGACCUGGUGCAGCUGAAAGGCUCCACGCUGUUUAAAGCCUUCGAACACUCAGUGAGACUCUACGGCCAGAGCAGGGGAGAGUUCCUCCAAGUGUCCGGAUUUCGUGUAGAGUUUGACUUCUCCAAACCCAAGGGGCAUCUGGUGAAGAGCCUCAGCAUCCUCUGCACAACGUGUCGAGUUCCUAGCUACGAACCGGUUCAGGAGGAGGCGGUUUACAGAGUGGUGGUGCCGUCCUACCUAGUGACGGGCGGCGACGGGUUCUCCAUGAUCCCAAAGGAGAUGCUCAAACACGACAGCGGGGAUUUGGACAUUUCAGUUUUGUCCUCCUACAUCAAGAAAAAACAGAUAAUUUAUACGCCAGUUGAAGGACGCAUCAAGUUCUACAACUCAGCUUCGGGUCGAAACGCUCCGCUGGUUUUACUGGUUGUACUGGGACUGCUGUGGACUCUGUGUGGGACUGUUUAGGGGGGACUUUACCC